AUGAGCCCCUCCCAAGGUGAUGAGGUCUUGACCGUCAUAAAGAUGAAGGCCCAAUGGCCGGCCUGGCAGCCCCUUAAUGUUCGAGCUGCUCCUUCAGCGGAGUUCUCAGUGGACCGCACGCGGCACCUGAUGUCCUUUCUGACCAUGCUGGGUCCCAGUCCUGACUGGAACGUGGGUCUGUCAUCAGAGGACCUCUGCACCAGAGAGUGUGGCUGGGUCCAGAAGGUGGUUCAGGACCUCAUUCCAUGGGAUGCGGGGACAGACAGCGGGGUCACUUAUGAGUCUCCCAACAAGCCUACAGCACCUCAGGAGAAAAUUCGUCCCCUCACGAGUUUGGACCAUCCACAGAGCCCUUUCUAUGACCCAGAGGGUGGCGCGAUCACUCCCGUGGCCAGAGUUGUCGUAGAGAGAAUUGCUCGCAAGGGUGAGCAGUGCAACAUUGUGCCUGAUAAUGUGGACGACAUUGUGGCUGACAUUGCCCAGGAGGAAAAAGAAGAAGAUGAUACUCCAGAGACAUGUAUCUACUCCAACUGGUCUCCGUGGUCUGCGUGCAGCUCCUCGACGUGUGAGAAGGGGAAGAGGAUGAGGCAGAGGAUGCUGAAGGCACAGCUGGAUCUCAGCGUGCCCUGUCCACAUACUCAAGACUUUGAGCCCUGCAUGGGACCCGGCUGCAGUGAUGAGGAUGCUUCCACGUGCAUGAUGUCAGAAUGGAUCACAUGGUCACCGUGCAGUAUGUCAUGCGGUGCAGGCGUGCGUUCUAGGGAACGCGCUAUGUAA